AUGAAAUUGAUAGGUAAUGCUUAUUUAAUUUUGGUUAGAUAAAGCUUAAGACUAUGAUUCAAAUGAUCGAUUAAACUAAAGGAAAUUAAUCAGUGUCAUAUGUGAAACUAAUAAAGAAGCAAGAGAUUAUUUAUAUUUUUUGAAAUAAAGAGAAGAAGAAGAACAAUAAUAAAUGCCUAAGACUGAAGUUUUUUCAAUAUUCAUAAAAACAAUAAUGGAAGUAUCUAAUCCGACCUCUACCUUUAGAAUAAUUUGGGAAUCAAUAAGCAUGUUAUUUAUUUUUGUAUAAAUGAUAUACAUUCCAAUGGCAUUAUCAUUUUCAAUUGAUAGUUCAAUUGAGAUGGAAAUCAUUAAUGAUAUAAUGGAUAUCUUUUUUGUUAUAGAUAUGCUGCUUAAUUUUCGAUUGGCAUAUUAUGAAAAGUAACCAAAAAUCUUAUAUUAUAAGUGGAAAAUUGGAGUAUCGCUUAAAAUAUAUAGCAUUAAAUUAUCUAAAAUUAUGGUUUUGGAUAGAUGUGAUAGCAGUUCUUCCUUUUGAUUUAAUGAUAGGAAAUGAUAGUAAUUAAUCAACACAAAUAUUAAAAUUUGUAAGAUUGUUUAAAUUUGUGAAGAUCAUACGUCUAUUAAGAGUACUAAAAUUAGGAAGAAUUUUGAUAAAAAUAGAAGGUAUACAUCUAAUAAUAAUAGAUUUCAGAGACAUUCUCUAUAGAAUAAACUCUCUAAGCUAUGAUAUAAUUCCUAAAAAUAACAGCAAUGAUAUUAUGUAUAGCACAUUGGAUAGCUUGUAUAUGGAAUAUAAUAGAAUUUGUGGAUGAAUAAGUAGAACUUACAUGGAUGACAUAAUAUGGAAUUCAUGAUGCUCCUUGGGAAGUCAAAUAUAUAACAGCAUUCUAUUUUAGCAUAACUACAAUGAUAACAGUAGGAUAUGGUGAUAUUAGUCCAAAUACAAAUUUAGAAAUGAUAUUUGGUAUUAUUGUAAUGGUUCUUUCAUCAGGAAUAUUUGGAUUCAGUAUGUCAAGUUUGAAUUUCAUAAUAUAAGGAGAGGAUUAGAAUAUUGCUGAGAUAAAAGAAUAAAAUUAAAAAAUAAUUAAGUAAAUACUAUAAUAAUAAUUCAAUUAGAUAUAUUAAAUAGAAAAAUAUACCAAAACCAUUAUAAAUAAGAGUAAAGAAUUAUUUAGAAUGGUUAGAAGGAUCUGCUUAAGUAGCCAAAAAUUCUUAAAUGAUAAUUUUAAACAAUUUAUCAUCUAAUUUACAUACUGAAGUUUUGACUUUAUUACAUGGAAGAAUAUUAAAAUAAGUAAAUUUAAUAAGUAGAGAAUUCUCAUCUUAAUUAACAAAUAAAUUAAUAUAUGUUUUAAAAGAACAUCUUUUAGGACCAGAAGAAUAUGUUUUUAAAGAAAAUUAAGUAGAUAGUAAUUUAUUAUAUUUUAUCUAAAAUGGUUAAGUAGAUAUUUGUCUAACAAGAAGAGAGUUUUCAUUAAAAUUAUUAAAUAAAGGAGAUUAUUUUGGGGAAAUAAGUUUUUUUAGUAAAAGUCCUAGGACAGCAAGUGCAAAAACACUUGAUUUUGUAAAUUUAAUGAGUUUAAGUAGAAAAGAUUUGUGGGAAUAAGCACAUGAUUUAAAUUCAGAUUUGGAAAAAUUAUUUUAUAUUAAAAAUUGUGUGGAUGUUGAGAAUUCAUUAAAACCAUUAAGAUUAAGAUGUUAUAUUUGUGAUAGACCACAUCAUAUUGCAAGAAAUUGUACAAUAAUGCAUUUUAGGGUUAGAAGAUUAAAAGUUAUAGAAGAAUAUUUAAAAUAAAAGAAUACAAGAAUUAAAGAAUUUAAAAGAAGACAUGGAAAAUCUUUAAUAUCUUCAUCUUAAAUUAUAUAUUCAAAAUCUGAUGCAUUAUUUAGAUAUAGAUUUUUAUAAUUAAAAUAGAUAGUAAAAACAUCAAAAUAAAAUGAAAAUUUAGAUGAAUCAGCUGUUGAUUAUUCAAAAUUAUCAACAUAAAUUGAUGAUAAUAAUUUUUGUCUUGAUAAAUAUAGAGAUUAUUAAGAAUUCUAUACUGAAUUUAAUCCUACUAAAAUAAUUUCAGAAAUAAAUAAAUAUUCAGAAUAAAAAUUAUAAGAAAUGAGAGAAGAAAAAGAAUAAAUAGCUAAUAGAUUUAGAUAAAAUUGGAUGAAUAGCAGAAAAUUAAAAUAAUUGUAGAUUGCUCCUCCACGAUAAUCCAAAUUAUCAUUUGAUACUCAAAAGAUUUUUUAAUCUGAUAUCUAACAUAUUAUAUUUUCUGAAGAUUCUUCCAGUUCUCAUUCAUCUUGUAAUUUGUUAACCAAAAAAAGUGUGAGAGGUAAAAGACUUCUAGAUAUACAAACGCAAAAAUAAUUAUUGUAAGUAUUUUGACAUCUAUUUAAAUUUAGAAUUAAAAGAUCAACAUCUCGUUCCUAAUUAGAAAAAUAUUUAUAAAAAAAAUAAAGUUCAUUUGA